AUGCAUGAUCUGAACUUUAAUGUAGGGAAUUGGAAUCGGAACCAGGGACAAUUUCUUUUCGGUUUGCAGACUGCUGCGAAUGCUGAUUAUGAAGGACUCAGUGCCGCUCGCCUAGUAGUUGAUCACAUUCAGGUCGAGGUCAUUCUGUCCGAGAAGAAGAAGGUCGUCGCCAAGGCUGCCCUCGAUGAGCCCACAAAGAAAAAGCUCUCCAAGAAGAAGCUGCAGCGUCAAAAGAUCAAGCUAUUUCGCUCUGAAUAG